AUGCUGUUGGUCUCUAUGGCCAUUGGACUCUUUCAGGCCCUGAGGAAGAAGCCACAGGAUGCCAGUGUCGAUGACUUCUUCACUGGUGGUCGGAGUUUGCCAGCAGUGCCUGUUGGGCUGUCGCUGUGUGCCAGUUUUAUGUCAGCAGUCCAGGUUUUGGGUGUUCCUGCUGAGGCUUACCGCCAUGGCUUUAAAUUCCUCUACAUGUGCCUUGGACAAAGCAUCAACUCAGUGCUGACAGCUUACCUGUUUUUGCCAGUUUUCUUUCGACUUGGCAUCACCAGCACCAAUCAGUAUCUGAAGAUGAGGUUUGGCAGAGGAAUGCAGCUGUUGGGGAGUGUCCAGUUUCUCGUGGCGACGCUGUUCUACACAGGGAUUGUCAUUUAUGCACCAGCCUUGAUCCUCAACCAAGCUGCUGGACUCAACAUGUGGUUUUCUCUGUUGUCUACUGGGAUCAUCUGCACUGUGUACACAACUGUGGGUGGUAUGAAAGCUGUGAUCUGGACUGACGUUUUCCAGAUCAGUGUCAUGCUGUUCGGCUUUGUGGCCAUUUUCAUCCAGGGCACAGUCCUGGUCGGUUGUCCAGCGCUGGUACUGGAGAUCGCCAACAAUGGAUCGCGCAUUAAUUUUGAUGACUUUGACGUUGACCCACGGAAACGCUAUACCUUCUGGAGCCUGUGCGUUGGGGGUACAUCGGUUUGGUUGUCCAUGUAUAGUGUAAACCAAGCUCAAGUCCAGCGAUACAUCUCCUGCCGAUCAGAGAGUGCGGCUCGGUGGGCGCUGUUUGUGAACCAAGUUGGUUUGUGCCUGAUUGUGACCAGUGCAGGAACCUGUGGCAUCGUCAUGUUUGCUUAUUACAGCCACUGUGAUCCCCUGAAGUCUGGGAGAAUUUCUGCCCCUGAUGAGUAUAUGCCGUACUUCGUGUUGGACAUAUUCAAACAUCUCCCUGGCUUUCCUGGUCUUUUCCUUGCCUGUGCAUACAGCGGGACUCUCAGCACGGCCUCCACAAGUAUCAAUGCCAUGGCUGCAGUAACGAUGGAAGAUCUGCUGCAACCUCAUCUGUUGCACAUGCCCCAGAAAAAGCGGAUCCUCAUUUCCAAAGGACUGUCCUUCCUGUAUGGAGUUGGUUGUAUCACUGUGGCUGCUCUCUCCUCCUUCAUGGACUGGGGAGUUCUUCAGGGGUCAUUCACAGUCAUGGGUGUGGUCAGUGGUCCAUUACUGGGUGUCUUCAUUUUGGGAAUGUUUGUCCCAGCAACAAAUAGGCUGGGGGCAUACUCAGGAAUAUUAGCGGGCUUCUGUGUCUCUCUGUGGCUGGCUGUUGGUUCAACUGUUUACCCACCCAGCGAUAAGACCAUGGGUGUCCUGCCCAGCUACACAAGCGAGUGUGAACCCAGCAACACCACCCUGAACAGCACCCUUGAACAGGAGCAACACUCCAUCUCUAUUCCACUUCACCCUGAUAACCAAGGGGGCCUGCUUAACUUCUACUCUGUGUCAUACCUCUACUUUGGUGCCAUGGCAACUAGUUCGGUCAUCAUAGUUGGAGUGAUAGUGAGCUAUGCAACAGGACCAAAAAAGAGGAAUCAAAUUAGAGAGGGUUUGUUAUGGUGGGACUUGAAUAACAAGGUAGUGGACAUUCUACCAGAGCGCAGAGGUGACAAGGUGACCGAUAAACCACAGCUUGUACCUUUGAGGGACCUGCACAAAGCGGAUGAAAAUAACAAAGAGGAACCAACAAAUGUGGGGAAUAUUAGAUCUCCUCUCAAAGAGUAG